GUUACUCGUUCAAACCAGAUGAGGAGAAAAUCCCGGAUGUGAACAGAAGCGGCUUGCUGUUUGGGGGAGGUUAUAAGUAGAGGAGAAGAAGAGUGAGGCCCCAGGAAUCAUCAUCGUGUAAUUCCGCUCACGUUCGUCUCCAUCUGCCUCUUAAAUCUGAAGCCAUGCACCCUCAGCGUCCUCUUCCCCAGGCCAUGCCCUCCUCCUCUCUGGGGCAGCACCUGCGGGACUUGGCCAUGGGUCUGGGACGGGGCAAGAACGUCCUCGGGGGGAACUUCACCUACAGUUUCAUCCAGUCGGUUAAGGAGUGCCUUUACUUCCUCCUCUGCUGUUGGUGUAUCAAAGAGAUCCUGGACUGACUGAAGGAGAAUACGUCAAGUUGUGCCACAUUGUUUGGCUCAUCUAUGGAGGGUUUGAUGAAGAGCGAUUUAUGCACCUGAGCAAUCACCCCUGC